UGUAAGCUAAACAAUAGCGACGACUAUAUCAAUAGCGAUAAUGAUUACAAUAACAACGAUUAUACCGACAGUGAUAUUGAUAACAACACUACACCUCAAACCAUCGAUGACGGGGUGGACGGGGAGGGCUCAGGCGGGAACCCCAACCCCAUUGACAGCUCCGCCAUCUCAGACCCCGAUGAGGCAGAAGAGGUGGAGGACGAGUACGACAGUGGGCAAGAAGUCUGUACCCCAUUGGACGCCCUCCAGGGGCUAAACAUUAGCGACUUUUUGCCCGAAGACUACGAGUCACUGAAGUCAGAGCCCCGGCAUCGAGUGGUCAGACAUUUUGACGAGACGUGGGGUCGGUUUCAGCGGUUUUUUAAAUGGGAGCACCGCUUGUACGACAACCCAGACUUGAAAGCAGUGGCCAACUAUUUGCUGGGUUUGGCCUACGAGUUAAGUUACGACUUUGCACUCGAGCCCGAGUGCUCUCUGGCCAUCACUAGUUUACUACAGGGGCUCAACCGGAAGGAAAUCUGGGCCUUCAAGUUCAUUGAUUCGCAGCCGCAUCCGAUGCCCACCGGCUUCUGGGGCGGAAUCAUCAGCGAAUUGGGUCAAUACGACCAGUGUCUGGACAUCCAGAGCCCACGGGAUGACCGUGGUCAAACAGUCGCCGGCCAGUACUGUAUGCUACAGUUUGUGCUGCCGUACCCACUCGUCUCGUCGUACGACCGGACCUUUGAGGACAACCCGUUUGCCACACAAUUGAAAAACUUUACCGAAAAAUACGGUUUCGGCGGUUAUUCGGCAGUGAAUCCAAUGCUUAAGUUAACUGAAUAUCUAAAUAUGAGAAAUGGAAAGUUCUUUGAGUUCGGGAUUUGUAUUCCCGAUAAAUGCCAUCCAAAAGACAUUGAAAAGGAGUUCAAUAGAAGUAUGUGUUUAUGA